AUGGGCUCCAACGAAAAGUACGAAUAUGUCUUUGAGGAGACUAUCGAGAACCGACGUCUUGCUGGCCAGCACCAGGCCCUCAAGAUCGGAAUGGGCAAGCUGGUCCUAGCACCUUUGCAUGUUUCUCACAAGGGUUUGAGAAUUCUCGACACCGGAACGUCCGACGGCUACUGGCUGGCUGAUUUCAGGCACUCUCUUGCUCACCCUGAAUCGUAUGAACUGACUGCUGGUGGCGCAGAGCUCUCUGGAACCAUGGCCCAAAUCCUGGCUGCAAACCUGCUCGACUUGGUGCACCAGCGGUUGACUCUCUUCGGUCUUGGCACAAAGUCGAAAGAAUGUGUCCUGGAGCUGAUGAAGAUUGUCAAGCCGGGUGGAUGGAUCCAGCUGAUGGCUGCCUUCUCCCUUCUGAAUGCUAUUAAGGCAAAACAAAACUCCCUCUCAACGCUCAUAAUAGUGAACACAUCCUUGAUUCUUUUCGCCUACUUUCUCAUCUCCCGAUCCCUCCUCUUCAUCCGUCGACGCCGCUUCAGCCGCGAGAAUGGCUGCAAACCACUACUUGCGCGAUACAAGGACCGUUUAUUUGAAAUUUCCUUUAUCAUCGAAAACGCCAAAGCCUUCAAGCAAAAAGCCUAUCUGUCCAAAUUUACCAGCCGAUACUUCACAAUAGCCCAUACCCACGAAGUCCUCGACCUAGGUGGACGAGGCGUUUUUACCAUCCACCCACUGAAAAUCAAAACCAUGCUCUCGCUGAAAUUCAAGACUACUCCCUGCGUAGUCGACCCGAGUGUUGAAAAUGCAGAAACGAUUGACCUGCUGCCGCUUUUCUUCCGAUUUACAAUGAACUCCUCAACCGAGUUCCUAUUUGGCACAUCAUCUCAUACACUCACUGAGGGAGGUGAUCAAAUCUUCAGUGACUCCUUCGUCUACGGCCUGUAUGACAUCGCUCUCGGAAUGCGACUAGGUCCCUGGCAGCGAUUCCGUCGUACAGACCCGAAAGCAGUAGAAGCGCACCGGUUCUGUCGAGAAGACGUCGACAAACACAGAAAACUCCGCGACGAGCUACUCAGUCUACUCCUCGCCGGACGGGACACAACAGCCAGUCUGAUCAGCAGCCUCUUCUUCAGUCUCGCGAAACGUCCCGAUAUCUGGAGAAAGCUUCGCGAAGAAAUCAUCACAGAGCUCAAUGGUCAGAAACCAACUUACGAUCAGGUGAGGAACUUGAAAUACGCAAAAUACUGCGUCAACGAGACCCUCCGACUUUACCCAUCAGUCCCCAACAACGCAAAAAUGGCCACAAAGGACACAAUCCUACCAGUCGGCGGAGGGCCCGAUGGCAACGCACCAAUCCUCAUUGAGAAGGGAACCAUGGUAAUCUACACCGUCUACGUAAUGCAUCAUCGCAAGGAUCUAUUCGGUGAAGAUGCGGAGGAAUUCCGACCCGAACGCUGGGUAAAGAAUGAUUUUAUUUGGCAAUAUCUCCCUUUCAGUGGUAGCCCGCGCGUAUGCUUGGGUCAACAGUAUGCAUCUACUGAGACGCUCUAUGUACUUGUGCGGUUUACGCAGGAAUUUGAAGAGAUCAAUAUCGGGAUGGAACGGAUUGGACCGAAGAUCUGA